ACACCGGAAACAAGAUAAACAUCACCAACCAAAACAAAAGAAGCUCCUCCUGCAACUGUAGAAUAUUUGACUUGUAACAAUGGCGGCAAUGCAUUUCACAAUAACUGCAAUCCACAACAUCUCUAAAGCAAACACUCCUCGUUUCACUUAUCUCUCUUUCCCUCAAAAAGCUCCUAGGGUUUGCUUCACUUCUGCCUCCAAACAUUCUCAGAGAAUACAUGCAAGUCAAGAGACCAACAAUGGGUGGUCGGAGAACGCCAAUGAGGUGAAAGACAAAGUGAACGACAUGGCGGGAAAAGCCGCCGACAGAGCCGGUGAGGUUAAAGACAAAGCGUAUGAUAUGGGGGGAAGAGCCGCCGACAGAGCCGGUGAGAUUAAAGACGAGGUUAAAGACAAAGUAAAUGAUAUGGCGGGAAGAGCUGCCGACGGAGCUGGUGAGAUGAAAGAGAAAGCGGAAGAGAAGAGCCGUGAGAUGACGGAAAGUGCUAAAGAGACUGCGAGCGUGGUGGCCGAUAAAGCCGAAGAAGGGUGGAAUAAAGCGGGGGAGACGGCGGAGGCGGCUAAGGAUAAAACUCUAGAUGCGGCUGGGACGGUGGCCGAGAACACGAAGCAGACGGUGACGGGUGCGUGGGACGCGGCCAAAGAGACGACACAGAAGAUUAAGGAGACUGUUGUUGGGAAUCUUGAUCAUGAAAAAUAGGAUUACUAGUUUCUUUGCUAAUGUCUUCUUUUUUUUUUCUUUAACAUCUUGCACGCUUUUUAUGUUGGUAUGUUUCGCCUUUUGGUUCGCUGUUGGCGGCUAUACAUGUUUUAACAGUUUAAGGUUCACAUAAUGCAAGAUGAUUUGAUUAUGGUUUCAA